GGAAGGUUGGAGAAAGCCAUAAGGUAGAAAUCAUAAAGAUCUUUUCUUGCUCUGUGUUUUUUUAUGCUAGUUUAAUUUGCAUGAUCUAUUUGGGUUCUGUUGAUUCUGUUUGCAUGUAAUCAAAAAGUAAGCUUUUCUCCUGAUCUUUGAUAAUGGUGGGUGGCCUGAGUAUCAGUUGUAGUUUUUUGGUAAGAAUGUUUCUUAGUGAUCAAAAUUGUUGUUGGAUAUUCUAUCUCAUGUUCAAUUGCUCAUUUUGCUGUUCAAGCUAAUUCUGUGGACUGAAUUUUUGGCAUCAAACUGAUGAAAUUGGAAACUACUGGUGCUGCUUCCUUUCCUUUCUCUGCGUGUAUGUGUGUUACAUUGAAGGUUCUGCUCUGGAUUUUCCUCUGUUUGUUUUUUCCUGCUAUAAAGUUUGUUGCUUUCUUCAUUAUUGAAGCUUCAAAUCAUGCGGAUUUAGAGGAAAUAUGGAUAAUUUCCAAGUGGUCAUAGGCAGUGAUAUAUUGUUUUCAGUUUUGUUGUCCCCUGCGUUUGUUUGUGUUUGGACAGGUUUUGGCUUUAUCUGUGUGUUCUUAUGUGGGUUUUCAAGUUUUGGAUUUUUCUGAAGAACAUAGAAGGAAUCAUGGAUAUAUAUUAUUAUAAUCUUUGAUUGUAUUCAUAAAACGGUUUAUAGAAGAAAGACCAUACAUCAUCAUAUGAAGGAAUUCCCUUCCCUUUUCUGAUCCAAUCAUUUAUCAGAGCUUCCUCACUUCUUAGCUUGCUGACUUUAGGAUCUUUUUUCCUGAAAUUCUUUGGACCUAUUUUAGAUUCAAUCGUUUCAUUUGUUCUGAAGAAAUCCAAGCAGCAUGAUAUUGUUAUGUGUUGAUUUGCAACUGAAUUCGAUGCCCUUCUGCUUGCUUUACGAUUAUAGAGGCUAAUUUCUUCUGCUGAAUAUGAAAAAAAUUGUCAAAAGGAAGAAAAGAUGCAUAUGCCAACCAUGUUUUUGCUGCUUUAUAGUGUGUUCAGAGGAGAGCACUGAUGCUGGAAACAUGGGAAAGAAAGGGAGUUGGUUUUCAGCCAUCAAGAAGGUCUUUUCACCUAGCUCCAAGGAGAAGCCUUCUGAUGGAUUAGAGAAGAAAAGUUCCAAGGAAAAGAAGAAGGGGAGAAGUAAAUCCAGGUAUGGAGAGAAUAGACCAUUUAUUCCCCUCUUUAGGGAACCUAGUAGCAUUGAGCAAAUCCUUGGAGAGGCAGAUCAACUAUUCAUUAGGCAGACUAUGCCGUCCGAACGACCAAUAACACCAUCAACAUUGCCUGUGAGGCCAGCUUCCCCACGAGUAACCUCACCUAAAGUUCCUUCUCCACGAGCGAUCUCUCCUACAGUUACUUCACCGAAAAUCGCUUCCCCCAGGGCUGCAUCCCAAAGGGUAGCUUCACCACAGAUCCCUCCUCCCCGUUCUGCAUCUCCACAGAUCCCUCCUCCCCGUACUGUUUCUCCACAGAUCCCUCCUGCUCGUGUUGCUUCUCCUAGGGCUGCCUCUCCUGUGGUCUCUCAAAACCGUAAGCCAGCUGCUAAGUAUGUCCAGAGGCCUGAACCUACACUACAAAAUCUUCAUCUUUCUGCCACCAAGAUCCAGGCAGCUUAUAGAGGUUACAUGGCAAGGAGGAGUUUUAGGGCUUUGAGAGGGUUGGUGAGACUUCAAGGAGUGGUGAGAGGGCAGAAUGUCAAACGACAAACAAUGAAUGCUAUGAAACAGAUGCAGCUUUUGGUCAGAGUACAAACUCAAAUUCAGUCACGAAGGAUUCAAAUGCUCGAAAGUCAGGCACUGCAACGAGCUAAUAAAAACGAUAAGGAAGCAGAAAGUACACUAAGCAAAUGGAACCAGUCUGAGGCAGGUGAGAAUUGGGAUGACAGUGUACUUACUAAAGAGGAAGUUGAAGGAAGGCUUCGAAAGAAAGUAGAAGCUGUAAUCAAGAGAGAAAGAGCCAUGGCAUAUGCCUACUCCCACCAGUUGUGGAAAGCCAAUCCAAGGUCAUCUCAACCAGUGGACAUCAGAUCAAAUGGGUAUCCCUGGUGGUGGAACUGGUUAGAGCGUCAGCUACCUCCAACAAAUCCUUCAGAGAACCAAUCUGCUGUCAAGAAUGUUCAGCUUACACCUCCAAGGCCGACCUCAGAUUAUAAGCGAAGUCCACGACCUGUAGCAAACAACUACAGGCACCAUAAUUAUGCUUUUGACAAUCAUGAAUCGGUAACACCAAGGUCAUCCAAAUCAGCUGCACCAGUUAGAGGCAAGCAGUUUCACACUCCAAGUAGAACGCCACCUCCAAGCAGCUCAGGGAUGAUGAAAUACAGUACACCAAGAGCAAGUGCAGCUCGUUCUCCUUUUGAUGUUCCAAUGAAUGACACUGAUAGUCUCACUAGCUGUCCACCAUUUUCAGUUCCAAAUUAUAUGACGCCGACUGUUUCAGCCAAAGCCAAAGUUAGAGCUAAUAGCAACCCAAAGGAACGAGUUCCUGGUACUCCAGGGAAUGACUCGAAAAGGAGGUUUUCGUUUCCAUUGACUCCAAACAUAGGUUCAUUCAAGUGGAACAAAGGGUCAAACAAAGAUUCUGCUGCUCAGAAGGCACUGGAGAAACACGAGUCCAUGAGAUCAAUCGGAGAUGUUAGUGUGGAAUCAACAGUUUCUAUGCCAGCUAUAGUUGGGAGGAAGCCCUUUAACAGAUUUGUGUGAUUGAUUUUCUUGUAAGUUCUUUGGUUGUUAACAUUCAUAUUAACUUCUCUUUCUUGAGAUUUAUUUUUUCUUCACUCCUUUCUAAAUUUCUACCAGUAUGAGUGUAUGGCGUGAUGUUGUAUCGAUUACCGUAUACUAGUGUACAAGAAUUAAAAAAAAAAAAAAAAAAACAUUAGAGUGUAAGUGGUUUGAAUGUAGAUGAUUUUUGUUUUUUCUUUUUUGUUUCUAAAGGAUUUGUGCUUUUGUCCUUUUAUCCCUUUCACCAACAAUGACAGUAAACACAUUAAGAGCAAGAUCGAAGGUGAUUAAAAUUUUCUACCUUUGCAAAGAAAAUGCUGUAACUUCAAAGUGAUAAGUGAAUUCAAGGAAAUGCUGCUUGUUGGACAGAGAGGGUGUACUGAAUUCAAGAACAAGCAGAAACUGAUAAGUGAAGUCUGCAACAUACAAAAGUUCAUUACACCUACAUUCUGAGGCAUUGAAAAAUGCCCCUUUUUAGGUCUUUAUCUCCCAAGUACUGUAAUAAUCAGCAUGGUUUUUUUCAUUAAAACAUUAGACACUGCUCUUCACUGCAGAACCAUAUCCACUCUGUUCAUCAUGAUAUCGAUCCCAAGCAAAUGGAAUAACCUGAGAUAUCAGAAAUUGCUUCGGAACAUAACAAUCUCCAGCAGCCACCUUUGAAGCUGGAAGUCCAACGAAAAGCUUGCUUUUUGGAAUAGAACCCGACCAUCGAUUCCAUGCGCUCUUGAAUCCCUCGCUACUGCCAAUGCUGUACUCACAAGAAGGAUUGUUGUAAAACUGGACCCAGAAAUAAUCAAACAAACCAGUACUCAGUGCAGCCCCUAGCUUCUCAUCAGGGAAAAUACACUGGUGCAGCACUUAAGUACACCUUUUUACCUGGUUGGCUAUAACUAGACAAUCUUCUAGCCAGUGCAGCAUAAUGAGGAACUCCCAGUUCAAUAUCAGAGUCUAUACCAUCCAAAACAGCCUCACCAAGUGGUCGGAAACUCGCAUGGCCACCCAAGAAACUGUUACAUAGAUAAUCAGCCACUUGUCAAGCAUCAUCGACCGAUGAUAAAGUAUAGCCCCCCGGUGACACCCCCAAUUGAGAGCAUGACCUUGAUUCCUCGGCUUUGACAUAAGCAAAUACUAUUCGUUAACCUUUGACAACCGCCCGACGCCGGAUCACAAUGGCCAGCUAAAUUCAGCUGAAGAGUCUGGCCGUUUCCAAAAGUCGACAGAAAGGCUAUGUUCACAGUGUUAUACAGUCCUGAGGAACAUGUAUCUCUCAACAAGCCUUCCCUCCUAUCUUGACCCCAGUAUACCACAAAUUCGCCUGAUUCUGUGAUCAAUACAAGGGAAAACAGCAUAAUGCUGAUUAGCAAGACUAAAGAAGGGUAGCCUUUGAUGUUCAUUUUCUUUUUUUCUUCCUUAAAGUUUAGAAACUGAAAGUUUGGUUCUUAUGAUAAACAAGGCAAUAUGUUAGGCAGAGAGGGAGACAACAUUAUUGAUUUGCUUUAUUACUUUGUAGUAGUACAAUGUGAAGCCAUGCAGUCAACGUCGACCUAGACAAAUUAUGUUGACACCAAUUAUUUGUAGCCAUUCAGGAAUGAUUGACUUGAAGUUACAUAAAUAUCUAUCUUUGUUCACAUUCACUAGGAUGAUUAAUUUUGUCACAGCUGGUUUGUGUGUAUCGACUAUAAAGCCAGAAGAUGGUGUUUUUUAGGUUUAAAUUUGAGAACAUUGCAAAG